AUGUCGAAUCCGACAAGAGAGGCGCUUGGCCCCACAGGCUCUCCCAGAAGACACGGACGCAGACGCGGACUAGGAGAUGCGAGAGGUCGACGUCGAGGUCGAGGGCAUGAUACUAUCGUUGCAGACGAACCUGAUAGCAAACGCGCACAACUACGAACCAUCUCCCAUGAAACCAAACUGAUCAUCCCGAAUAUCCUGCUCGCGUCCAAGUCCGGCGCUGUAUUAAAGGAAGGGUUCCUUUACCAAUCUCCUACGACCCCUCCUCGUCUGGACCAGAAGUUCUGUCCUAAAUUCGCAGGGACCAAGAUCCAGGUCGCGGACGCAGAUACCUUUGAUGCCGCUAUCCAGCUGCUCAGCGAUAGCAACACUAGCCAGACAGGCUCCCCAGAGGCACCCGUCGCUGUCCUGAACAUGGCCAGUCCUUCUAACCCCGGUGGUGGCUGGCUCAGUGGAGCUCGAGCGCAGGAGGAAGCACUAUGCAGACGCAGCACUCUCACUGCAUCCCUCAAACAAUCAUUCUACCCGACACCUGCCAAUGCGGUGAUCUACAGCCCGGCAGUCAUUGUAUUCAGGAAGAGUGUCAAGGACGGCCAUGGAUUAAUGGACUUGUCGGACACGGAUACACUCCCUCUUGUCAGCGUUGUAUCCAUGGCAGCACAGCGUCGCCCGGAGGUGAUCAGGGGUGCCGAUUCAGCAAUGAAGUUUGCAAAUCCCAACGAUCGAAAUCUCACCAAGGAGAAAAUGCGGAUCAUUCUGCGACUCUCUGCGUGGAAAAGACAUCGGAAAGUGGUUUUGGGGGCGCUUGGGUGUGGCGCAUUCAGAAACCCAGCAGAGGAGGUUGCUGACUGCUGGGCAGAAGUAUUUUCGGAGCCUGAGUUCCGCGGGGCUUACUGGUGCGCGGCGCAUGAUGAUACCAAUACAGGCGGGCCUCAACUCUGA